AGGUGCGAGGCGCCGCUCUCUCUUGGAUCAGGUUCUCCAUUCCCGGCUCCCAGCUCCCGGCUCCUGGCUCCCAGAGUCCGGCGCCGAGCGCCUAGCCCAGGCGGGUGGGUGUCAGGACGCGGCUAGGCAGUGUCAUCGGAUCUGUCCGCAGUCCCGCAGCCCCACAGAGCUCGGAGGCCGCCGGGAUGGAGCCGCCGCUCCCGGUCGGAGCCCAGCCCCUUGCCGGUAUGGAGAUGAAGGGUCCUCUCCGCGAGCCCUGCGCCCUGACCCUGGCACAGAGGAAUGGGCAGUAUGAGUUAAUAAUCCAGUUGUAUGAGAAGGAACAGCAUGUUCAAGAUAUCAUUCCUAUAAAUAGCCACUUCAGAUGUGUUCAAGAAGCCGAAGAAACUCUUUUGAUUGACAUAGCUGCAAACAGUGGCUGCAAAAUUCGCAUCCAGGGCGACUGGACCAGAGAGCGACGCUUUGAAAUUCCUGAUGAGGAACACUGUCUGAAGUUUCUCUCAGAAGUCCUUGCUGCUCAGGAAGCUCAGUCACAACUACUUGUUCCGGAGCAGAAAGACUCAUCCAGCUGGUACCAGAAAUUAGACACUAAGGACAAACCUUCUGCUUUUACAGGUUUUCUUGGAUUUGAGGAUAACUUUUCAACAAUGAAUUUGGACAAGAAAAUAAAUGCACAAAAUCAACCUUUGGGGACUCAUCGGGAACCCCCACCCCCACCCCCUCCUGGGAAUAGAAUGCUUCCACGUGAAAAAGACACUGCUAACAAAGAACAACCCAAAGUAACCAACACCAUGAGGAAACUCUUUGUACCGAGUAACCAGUCCCGGGAGGGCAUCAUCAAACACAUUCUGACAAAGCGAGAAAAAGAAUAUGUCAACAUUCAGAAUUUCAGAUUUUUUGUUGGAACUUGGAAUGUGAAUGGCCAGUCUCCAGAUAGCGGGUUAGAGCCUUGGCUGACCUGUGAUCCGAAUCCUCCUGAUAUCUACUGCAUUGGAUUCCAAGAGCUGGACUUGAGCACAGAAGCCUUUUUCUACUUUGAAUCUGUAAAGGAACAAGAGUGGUCCAUUGCUGUGGAGAGGGGUUUGAAUUCCAAAGCCAAGUAUAAAAGAAUUCAACUAGUUCGCCUUGUUGGGAUGAUGCUCCUUAUAUUUGCCAGAAAGGAUCAGUGUCGAUAUAUCCGUGAUGUUGCUACAGAAACAGUUGGGACUGGAAUCAUGGGGAAAAUGGGAAACAAAGGUGGGGUAGCUGUGAGAUUUGUAUUUCACAAUACUACCUUUUGCAUUGUCAAUUCCCACCUGGCUGCCCACGUGGAAGACUUUGAGAGAAGGAAUCAAGAUUAUAAGGACAUCUGUGCCAGAAUGAGUUUUGUGGUUCCUAAUCAGAGCCUCCCACAGCUGAACAUCAUGAAACAUGAUGUGGUCAUUUGGCUGGGAGACUUGAACUAUAGACUUUGCAUGCCUGAUGCCAAUGAGGUAAAAAAUCUUAUUAAAAAGAAUGACCUUCAGAAGCUCCUGAAAUUCGACCAGCUAAAUAUCCAGCGCACACAGAAAAAAGCUUUUGUUGACUUCAACGAGGGGGAAAUCAAGUUUAUCCCCACUUACAAGUAUGACUCAAAAACAGACCGAUGGGAUUCCAGUGGGAAGUGUCGCAUUCCAGCAUGGUGUGAUCGAAUUCUUUGGAGAGGAACAAAUGUUAAUCAGCUUCACUACCGAAGUCACAUGGAACUGCAAACCAGUGACCACAAGCCUGUUAGCUCUCUCUUCCAUAUUGGGGUGAAGGUUGUGGAUGAACGGAGAUAUCGGAAAGUCUUUGAAGAUAUCGUGCGCAUCAUGGACAGGAUGGAAAAUGACUUCCUUCCUUCCUUAGAACUCAGCAGGAGGGAGUUUGUGUUUGAGAAUGUGAAGUUUCGGCAACUACAAAAGAAGAAGUUCCAGAUCAGCAACAAUGGACAGGUUCCCUGCCACUUUUCUUUCAUCCCUAAACUUAAUGACACCCAGUACUGCAAGCCAUGGCUUCGGGCUGAACCUUUUGAGGGCUACUUGGAGCCAAAUGAGACGGUGGACAUUUAUCUUGAUGUGUAUGUCAGCAAAGACUCUGUGACCAUCCUGAACUCAGGGGAAGAUAAGAUUGAAGAUAUCCUUGUCCUUCACCUGGAUCGAGGCAAAGAUUACUUCUUGACCAUCAGUGGAAAUUACCUCCCAAGUUGCUUUGGUACAUCCUUAGAGGCUUUGUGCCGAAUGAAAAGACCAAUCCGAGAAGUUCCUGUUACCAAACUCAUAGACUUGGAAGAAGACAGCUUCCUAGAAAAGGAGAACUCCCUUUUGCAGAUGGUUCCCUUGGAUGAAGUUGGUACAAGUGAGAGACCCCUUCAGGUCCCCAAGGAGAUCUGGCUUCUCGUAGAUCAUUUAUUCAAAUAUGCCUGUCACCAGGAGGACCUGUUCCAGACCCCUGGGAUGCAGGAGGAGUUACAGCAGAUCAUCGACUGCCUGGACACCAGCAUUCCUGAGGCAAUCCCUGGCAGUAAUCACUCGGUGGCUGAGGCGCUGCUCAUUUUCCUGGAAGCCCUGCCGGAGCCUGUCAUCUGUUACGAGCUCUAUCAGCGAUGUCUCGACUCUGCCCACGAUCCCCGGACCUCCAGACAGGUGAUUUCCCAGCUCCCAAGGUGCCAUAGAAAUGUUUUCCGUUACUUGAUGGCAUUCCUUCGAGAACUCUUAAAAUUCUCUGAAUACAACAACGUCAGCGCCAACAUGAUCGCGACUCUGUUCACCAGCCUUCUCCUAAGGCCUCCACCAAACAUUAUGACAAGACAGACUCCAAGUGACCGCCAGCGAGCUAUCCAGUUCAUUCUGGGCUUUCUGCUUGGGAGUGAAGAAGACUAAGUUGUUUAUUUUUUUUUCUUUUACUCUCUGUCUUACUACUCUUCAAGAUUCUAGAGGUGGAAGAUUGGCAGGCUCCAAGUUAUUUCACGAAUGGUUUUUUAAGGUCAUGCCGCAGGAAGGGUUUAUUGCAGAAGUUCAAGUUCUGUUUAUAGUACAAAAAGGAAAAGAGUUUCCUAAUCCCUUCUUUAGCAUACUCUACACAGCAAAACACUUUUAGACUUACAAGCCAAAGUUACCACAUUUUGGUGUUUUUACGUUUUCCUCUUUCUAAGGCAAAGAGAUCUGUAUAACACUCCUGUACCUAGGGCCGUGUUUGUUGCCUCUAUCCAACUGUCACGCUUGUCCUUAGUAUCCUAUGCCUGGAUUCUGAGAUGCUCCCAUUCCAGGCCCACAAGCACUACUUGGCGUAGCUCAGACUUGUCUGUAGCCUGUACCAAGCGCUGUGGAGCCACCUCUUCCCUGUCUCACUCCCUGGCACUCCUCUCCACUUGUUCUGCCACUUUGAAGAGAGCUUGGGUGAGGCCAGCAACUCCGUGAGUGUUCUCCACAGUGAGUCCACCGUCUACAUGUGGUUGUUAACAUCAUUUGUGCAUUUUCACUACUGUGAUGGCAUCCGUGUGUCACUGUAAUGUUGGCUUUUCAUGGAUCCACUGGAUGGAACCUCAUUCCCUGUCUCCAGCCACACGCAGUAACGUAACUUGAGGGACUGUAAGAGAUGACAUCCUAUCAAUAUGAGAGAAAUCACAGAGUGAAAAUACUUUGGGAAUUUUAAGAGUGAGAAUGUUCAUGCCUGCUGGUUCCUGAUUCCUGUUAUCCCUUUCCUGUUAUUAGUAACAUAUUAUAUAACGUCUGAUCCUGGCUGCUUAUGGGGCCCAUCCACCCCCUUUGAAGCAACCUCCAGAGCAACAUUUGCACCAGAAGUAAGAAAUGGGAGCCCAUGCACCUCAAGCUACUCUCCCGCUGAGGGCACUGACGGUAACACUUAGACCCAUUUCCCUGGUCUUCAGCCCUCUAAAGGGCUGACUGUGAACUUCAUAAACAACUCCUGACAGUGAAGAAUCUGGAGACUCCCUUGGCUCUCAGUCACUAUAUUCGGUGCCAUGUAAGAGAGACUGGCCAGUGGGACCAACCACACAUCAUACCUCUCUCACCCAAGCUGACCCUCUGAGCUUUUCAUUUAUUCAAAUUUCGUGGGACAGCCUUUUAAAACUAACAAUAAUA